AUGGGUUUGACAAUGGACGAGAAUGGAUCUCUCUAUGUCACUGAUGUUGGAAAAGAUGAAGUGAGACGAUAUCGAAGAGGAGAAUCUCAAGGAACAGUGGUUGCAGGUGGCAAUGGAAGUGGAAAUCGUCUCGAUCAACUCUCUUGCCCCUCAUACGUAUUCGUCGAUCGAGAUCAUUCAGUGUACGUAUCUGAUUGUGGAAAUGAUCGUGUGAUGAAAUGGAUGGAAGGUGCAAAACAAGGCAUUGUCGUGGCUGGUUGUCAAGGCGAAGGAAAUGAUCUUACACAAUUGUCAUCUCCUCGAGGAGUCGUUGUCGAUCAAUUGGGCACUGUCUAUGUGGCUGAUUUUGGGAAUAAUCGAAUCAUGCGUUGGCCUAAAGGAGCCACACAAGGAAGUGUCAUUGUUGGUGGAAACGGUAGUGGAGAACAAUCGAACCAACUCAAUUGGCCCAUCGGUUUGUCAUUCGAUCGACACGGGAAUCUCUAUGUCGUCGAUUGGGGAAGUCAUCGAAUACAAAAAUUCAAUAUUGAUUCAAAUUCUCAACAGAUGUUGAGAGUCAAUCUUGUUGAUAUUGCCUUUUUAUCUCUGGCAAUGAUCCAUCGAAUAAACGAGAGUGUGGGUCGGUGUAUCUGGUCUGAUUGCCUAUGUGGAUUGUGAAGGUGAAUGUUAGUAUGUGUGUGGUUUGAUGUUACUGAAGCGAAGAUCAACACUGGCGUUCACUCUCAUAGGUUAUAUGCACAUUCAGAGGCUUACUCGAUAGCUGAAUUGAAUGCAGAUACUAAACUCAGAAUCAUAGUUCACCGGAGUAGGAAUUGGAGUCAAUCAAAUAAAUUUCAGAGGUGAAGUGAGAGCCGAAGCAAAUUAUGAGAACUUCAAAGAAUCUAUUGUAUCCUUUUCUCAUGUAGAAUUUAUAUUUGACACUUCGUAACUUUUAGUUAACAAACACUCUCAAUUCAAAAGAAAAAUAUCAUUCCCUAGACUGAAAGGCUAGGGUCUAGAAACCGAAAUUCACCUGUGUCUGUCUGUCUGUCUGUCUGUCUGUCGGUAACGCGGUCAAAAUGGCCAUUUUUUUGGCACAUGUGACCAUUUUUUUGGCACAGACGGCCAUUUUUUUACUAAAAUUAACUAGGUAACUAUGGUACAAAUGAGCAUGUAACUAUGGCACAAACGGUCAUUUUUUUGGUACAAACGACCACGGAACUAUGGCAUAGGUGACCAUAUAGCAACCAUGGUACAAAUGACCAAAUACUAAUUAUGGUCAAAAUGGCCGUUGUAACUAUGAUACAAAUGACCAUUUGGUGCAAAUGCCCACAGUAACUGUGGUACAAUUGCCCAUAGUAACAAUGGUACAAAUGGCUAAAAAUAAUAACUAUGGUCAAAAUCGUCAUAGUGAUCGUGGUAAUAGUGAUGAUAGUAACACCAUGAUCAAAAAAUCGACUUGGUAAUUAUAGUACAAAUGAUCAUACGAUAAUAAAAAUUUAUUCUUGUUAAUAAUGUGAUAUAUAAAUAAACGAAAUAAAAUUCUUUUUUUUUGUGCAAACAGCGCCAAUACAUAAAUAAAAAUUAUAAAAAUACACUAAUAUUUAUUAUUUGAAAAAUGAACAGCGAUAUGAAUGCAAACAAAUCGCCGCAUAAACGUAGUUUCUUCUUCGAUACCCGAGAGGAACGAUUACAACAGCUGGAGAUGAUCUUAAGUAUGUAAUGUAAUCUCAGAGGAUAAAAAUUAUGAGUAAAAUUUUAUUAAGUCAGUAACUUUUUCGAAAAGCUAUUUGAUUAUCCCUUUUGAUCAACUUACUGAUAUGCUUGAAACUUGUUACAAGUUUAUGAAAAAGUAUCUUUGCUGGAAGCUUAAACUUGACAUGAAGUUUUGUAUAAUUUCUGGCGAAACUUUCACGGAAGAAUAUAUCGAAGAAAAAGUGGAUGUAUCUUAUGCUUAUUUUGCAGCUGAUUGGAAAUGCAUCCAUUAGAGUGAAAAUUCUCCAAAUUAAGUUUUCUGCUCGCCUAAGAUAUACUGGUUAUAUUAUCAAUUUUGCGUAUUACUUUUUUAAUGUAGCUUUUUAUGCUAUUACAUCCGUACAUGUAUUCUAUCAGUCUAGAGCUAAGUGAAUCGCUUGACGAUGAACGUUACUUGUGAAGUAGAACAGUAGCAAAACGAUAAAAGACAUCUACAUUAGAUUA